UAUACGUGGCUUUCAGCUGAGGAGUUUUCGUGUACAAAAUGACAAAAUACAAAGCGAGUUUUCUCGGUAAAAAGUGUAUUCCCGUAUCCAUUUGUAAUCCAGACACCUUAAAAGAAGACAAAAAAGUCUGAAGAAUUGAAAUGUUUCAGUAUUUGGUGUUCCUAGUGUUGGUGGCAUCGGGUUUAGGAAAUCAACGAAAAGGACUUGUUCUGGUAGAAACCAAUGAUGAUGUCAAGGACAAUGAUGUGAAAGUGACUGCAAAUGCUGAACAAAUAGAUGAAGAAGACUUAGAGGUAUUUCAACCGACAUCUGAUUGGCAAGCAAUCCGACCAGGUCAGGGGAUUCCAGCUGGACUUCAUGUGCGCAUGAACUUACAGACCGGCAAAAAAGAAGCCAAGCUUAUGGAUGGAGAUGAUGGAAGUAAAUACAAGAUUGACAAAGACUCUAAGCAAAAGUUUAUUAAUAUUGACAAAAAUUUUAUAUCUAAGCAGCAUCUUAAAGAAGCAUUGAAGGAUUUUAGGGAUAAAUUUCAAGAUGAAAGUCCUGAUGGAGAGAAUUCUGAACAAACCCAGAGCCAGUUGGAUCCAAGUAAAAAGUAUAGAUCUAUAGACGAAAUCCGAAAGGAGUUAGAAGGAGUAGAUCUUUUCCUCAAAAAGGAUAUUGAAAUACUCAUGAAACAUGUGGAUACCCUAAAUAGCUCAGGUUCCACUCUAACCGAGAAGGAGCAUGCUUUAGAUGAGCUCGAGUACUAUGUGCAUCAGAUAGAUAAUGCACGAGAUUUGGACACCAUUGGUGGAUUGUCACUGGUGAUAAAGCUUAUGAACUCCUCAGAGGAAGGCCUCAGAAUAAGGGCAUGUUAUGUGCUGGGAUCAGCAGUACAGAGCAAUCCAGAAGUCCAACAGGCAGCCCUAAAGCAAGGAGCAUUACCAUUACUUCUUCGGCUGCUGUCGCAACAUGAGUCCAUGGCAGUCAGGAAGAAAGCAAUGUAUGGACUGUCUUCCCUUAUCAGGCUCUUUCUGAAUGGACAGCGAGAAUUUCUCAAACUUAAUGGGCUUGAAAUGUUUGUGAAGCUCUUUGAAGAAGGUGGGAGUGGCCCACUAGUUGUCAAAGUAAUCACACUUAUGACAGAUUUGCUGACAGAACAAAUUGAACAUGUUACAACCCUGCUGAAAAAACAGGGAGAGGAUGUGUCUGGAGAUAUCUCUGGAAGGGUCCCUCUGUUGAAAACCAUGGUCGAAAAGGGCUGGUGCCAACUCAUACCCGCUCUCCUGCACACCACUGAGAAUGACACGAGAGAGAAAGUAUUAGAAGCAUUGCACGUGAUGGUAGCUGGCUGUAAGACUGAAUUUAAAAAACCUCACGUGCAGGACAGUUUAAAUAAACUCAAACUGGAGUGGCUCAAGGACGCGAAUGCUCCAGAUGUUCACGAUGAGUCAGAAUAUGCCGGGAUUUUGGUGCAGCUUGUUACGGACCUCAUGAGCAAGUUAACAUGACGAGGAUAUGCUUAUGCGAAAGACAAUGAAUCAGCAUAUGAGACAAAUCUCUCCCGUCAAAUAUCGGCUCUGAAAGAGACUUCAGAUACUGCGAUCUCACAGCAACUUUGUACGUUUGUGAAGUUGCGUCCGAUUUUGUCCGACGGGAUUGCCUCAGUGACCCUCUUCGCGUUGCGUUCUUUAGCAAAGAAGUCACUUUACUCUCAUAAUGCCUCCCUUUGCUUAGGGCUUGGUUAUUCAAAGUAGGAAAGGCCGAGAUAUACGGGGAAGCAUUUCUGCUACUCGUGUCGGAACUAUGUCGCACCAGCUUGUUACAUCGCAAUUUAAAAGUGUUGAACUAUAUGUACUUCAUGUAACGUGUUGCUGCAACUGGUUGUAUACUUAAAAUCACUUUUAAAAUUACAAUGCAGCAUUGCGGUGCGCUAAGUUGCUACAAAAUGCUGCCCUAUUAUUUGGCCUUAGAGAUAAUCCAGACGUCGACUCGCGAUCUGUAUUAUUAUUUUUUUGUCAUCAACAACUAAUUUCUUUUUAUAGGACUAACGCUUUUACCUUGGCUAUGACCUAAAAUAACAGUAAAGUUGGUUUGCUUUGAAUCAAAACUUAUUGUGACCUAAUGCGGUCCGCCUCUUCAUAAGCCUAUGGAAACGGCUGAAAUCCCCCCCCCC